CUUCCUUUAAUUUAUUAAAUCAUUUUAUUCAAAAGUUUAUUUUUGGGUGAACAUUUUAUUCAAAAGUUGAAAAAGAAAAAAUACACCCUUUCAUUCUUCAUCGUCUUCCUUCACCCUGUGCCAUGGCAGGUUAGCCAUGGUUUCUUCAUCCCCACCAUUCCCUUCCUCUACCGUCACCACCCACACCUCCCCUUUCUCGACAUUAUUUCUCUUAAAACACGUUAGAACCUAGAAGAAAGGAAAAGAAAAAGAAAAACUAAACCCAUCAACUGCACACCCGUCUCCCCUCACUGUUCUCUCUCCUUUUUUGUUGUUCAUCGCUCUUCCUGUUCUUCACGGUUCGUUUUCUCCACCUCCCAAACAACCCAGACAACCGGAGUCAUCCAAGAUUGACUCAACCCAAUCCGAAGAAAACUAUAUACUUUUGGCUGGGUAUAUAGUUUUCUGCAUCACUGAAGAGGAGGCUUCUAGAACCCCAAAUCAAUUGAAUUUCCCAGGAAGCUUAUCCCCAAAUUAUUCCAACUUUGGACUAUAUAUGGUGGGAGACAGAGAGAGAUAGGAGGAGGCGGCGGAGGCGGAGGAGGGGAGUCUUGGCUGAUUGAUUUACUGCUCGAACUCUUCCUUCUCUAAUUUUCUGCUUUUUUUUUUUUUUUUUUAUAUAUACUUAACAGUGUUAAGCUAGAGUUAAAAGUGUCCAGGUGUUAGCUAGGAGACAGGGAGGGUACAGAGAAAUUGGGGCCAGAGGAUCUGAAGUCGGCAGCACGAGGCUCGUGGCAGAUUCCGUAAUUUAAGAAACUUAUGAGCCUCUUUUCCUAUCCCCUUCGACACUCACAGUCUCAACUAGUCUCCUCCCUCUCGCAGCUCCCACAAGAUAUCUACGAAACCGGAUUCCAGGAGCUGUGGCCUACCGCAACCAGCCUAUCCGAAGGUAGUUGCUAAUGGUCAACGUGGCUACUAGAUUCCGUAGGAGUCAUUUCUUGAAGCCAAGAACAUAAUGCCUUCAAUAUUCUGCUAGGAGCCUAGGAGCGUAGGAGCUUCUUCACAUCCGCUUAAUUUAUUGCAAUAGUGACCUUUUGGGGUUGGGACCUCAUCAUCCCAUUAGGAUCACUGUAAGUGGGUACAUAAGGGAAGAAGUGCAACUCCCAUUUAAGAGUUGUGAUUGGAUUUGAUUGUUUGAGUACACAUGGAAGUUCAAAAACCUUCGAAUGAUGCAAUGAAGCACCUUCCUUUAACUCCACUUAGAGCAAUUAGAGGUGUUGUGUGCUUACUUAUACUUGUUUCGACUGCAUUUAUGAUGUUAGUGUAUUUUGGCUUUUUGGGUGCUGUUAUAAUUAGACUUUUCAGCAUACAUUACAGUAGAAGAGUAACUUCCUUCUUCUUUGGUGCUUGGCUAGCUUUGUGGCCUUUUCUUUUUGAAAAGAUAAACAAGACAAAAGUUAUAUUUUCUGGAGAAACUGUUCCUGACGGUGAACGCAUUUUACUUAUUUCAAACCAUAGAACUGAGGUUGACUGGAUGUACUUGUGGGACUUGGCAUUGCGAAAGGGACGCCAGGGAUACAUAAAGUAUAUCCUUAAAAGCAGUUUAAUGAAACUGCCUUUAUUUGGUUGGUCAUUUCACAUAUUGGAGUUCAUCUCUGUGGAGAGGAAGUGGGAGGUCGAUGAAUUAAACAUGCGCCGAAUGCUUUCAAGUCUGAAGGAUCCCCAAGAUUCCCUCUGGCUUGCACUUUUCCCAGAAGGAACAGAUUUCACUGAGCAGAAGUGCAUACGUAGUCAGAAAUAUGCUGCUGAAAAUGGCUUACCAGUUCUAAAGCAUGUCUUGCUUCCAAAAACAAAGGGUUUCAGUGCCUGUUUAGAAGAAUUGAGGGGAUCUUUGGAUGCAGUUUAUGAUGUGACUAUUGGCUACAAGCCUAGCUGCCCAACUUUCUUUGACAAUGCCUCUGGUGUGAACCCUUCUGAAGUUCAUAUGCACGUCCAGCGUAUCCCCCUAGACAAUAUUCCAACAUCUGAAGACGAGGUUACAACUUGGUUAAUGAACAGAUUUCAUCUCAAGGACCAGUUGCUUUCCGAUUUUGAUUCGCAAGGCCAUUUUCCCCAUGAAGGAUCAGAAGGUGACCUUUCUACUUUGAGGUGCCUUGUAAAUCUUGUAGCAGUAAUUGUCUUGACCGGAACAUGCGCUUACUUAACCAUUUUCUCGUCCAUCUGGUUUAAAAUAUAUGUAUCUUUGGUAUGUGCGUAUCUCACGGCCGCAACCAUUUUCAAUAUUCGACCGUUGCCACUUGUUAGCCUUGUGAAAGCUUGGUUUAAGUGCAAAUCAUCUUAGUACUCGGGGAGUGUCAACAGGUUCUAGGUUUGAGCUUUAAUGAUUGUAAUUCUUAAGUGGGUCUCAAUCCCAUACAUACACAACAAAAAUUUCAUAAUUGAGGAGAGUCCUUGAAACAGAUGAUUCUACAGUUUUAGAAUGCCAGAAGUAAUUUCCUUCACUUUUCA